AUGGCGCUGCGCCGGCUUGGGAGCCGCCGCGGCUCCGGAGCCGAAGCCGGCCCGCCGCUCCCGUUCCGGGCAUGGCUGAGUCCAGGGCCGCCGCUGUUGCUGCUGCUGCUGCUGCUGCUGCUGCUGUUGAGUCCCGGCCGAGCCGCCUCCGCCUCCUCCUCUUCCUCUUCCUCCUCCUCUCCGGACCGCCGCGGCCCCGUGGUGCUGGGCAUGCGACUGGAGAGCACCGACCGGCCGCUUUGGGAGCCGGAGCAAGAGACGGAGGCCGGCGUGCUGCAGGUGCAAGAGGGCGCCCAGGUGGUGCUGCGCCUCUACGGGCUGGGCUUGAGCUCCAGAGCCGACCAGGCGGUGUACUUCGCCGAGGUGGGCCCGCCUGGCCCCAACGCCACCCGAGGAGGAGGAGGAGGAGGAGGCAGCGGCAGCCCCAACGCCACCUGCCCGGAGAAGAGCCAGGACCUGGUGGUGCACGCCCACCCUGCCGGCCGGAGCCGCCCCACCUCGGCCCUGAUCGGCGUGCGGGUGCAGCGGCUGCGCAAGGCCGAGCGCUCCAAGCUCUACGUGCUGUGCGCGCGGAGCGAUCCUGAGCGGGCUUGGCGGCGCCUGGAGGGCGAGGACGCCUUCCUGCGCGUGGUGGAGGAGAAGCCGCGCCUGCUGCCCUUGUGGCUCCAGGUGCUGCUCCUGGGGGUGCUGCUGGCGCUCUCGGGCAUGUUCAGCGGGCUCAACCUGGGCCUGAUGGCGCUCGAUCCUAUGGAGCUGCGCAUCGUGCAGAACUGCGGCAGCGAGACGGAGAAGCGCUACGCCCGCCGGAUCGAGCCCAUCCGGCGCAAGGGCAACUACCUGCUCUGCUCCCUCCUGCUGGGCAAUGUCCUGGUCAACACCACCCUCACCAUCCUCUUGGACGACCUGAUAGGAUCGGGCUUGGUGGCCGUCAUUGCCUCCACCUCCGGCAUCGUGAUCUUCGGGGAGAUCGUGCCCCAGGCGCUCUGCUCCCGCCACGGCUUGGCCGUGGGAGCCAACACCAUCAUCCUCACCAAGAUCUUCAUGCUCUUGACCUUCCCCAUAUCCUACCCGAUCAGCAAGAUCCUGGACUUCUUGUUGGGUCAAGAGAUCGGCACCGUCUACAACCGGGAGAAGCUGGUGGAGAUGUUGAAGAUCACGGAGCCUUACAACGAUCUGGUCAAGGAGGAGCUGAACAUGAUCCAGGGAGCUCUGGAGCUCCGGACCAAGACGGUGGAGGACGUCAUGACCCCCAUUCACGACUGCUUCAUGAUCAACAGCGACGCCAUCUUGGAUUUCAACACCAUGUCCGAAAUCAUGGAAAGCGGCUACACCCGUAUCCCGGUCUUCGAGGAGGAGCGAUCCAACAUUGUGGAUAUCCUGUACAUCAAGGAUUUGGCCUUUGUGGACCCUGACGACUGCACCACCCUCAAGACCAUCACCAAGUUCUACAACCACCCUGUCCAUUUCGUCUUCCACGACACCAAGUUGGACGCCAUGUUGGAGGAAUUCAAAAAGGGUAAAUCACACCUGGCUAUAGUCCAGAAGGUGAACAAUGAAGGUGAAGGGGAUCCCUUCUACGAAGUGUUGGGAUUGGUAACGUUGGAAGACGUCAUUGAGGAGAUAAUCAAAUCAGAGAUCCUGGACGAAUCGGAUAUGUACACCGACAACCGCAGCAAGAAGCGUGUGAGCCACAAGAAGGACAAGAAAGAUUUCUCUGCUUUCAAAGACAACGACACAGAGUCCAAAGUGAAGAUUUCCCCACAACUACUUCUGGCUGCCCAUCGCUUUCUCUCCACCGAGGUAACGCAGUUCACAUCUGCUUUCAUUUCGGAAAAAAUCCUCUUGCGCCUUCUGAAGCACCGCGAUGUCAUCAACGAGCUGAAGUUUGACGAGGAGAACAAGAAGUCUCCCCGCCAUUUCCUCUUCAACCGGAACAAGCCGGCUGAUUUCUUCAUCCUCAUCCUUCAGGUGGAUCUCUUCAGCCCAGGCCGGAUCUCGGAGAAGGUCCUCCUGCAUCUGCUACAGCAUCCCAGCGUCAACCAAGAAGUGAAAUUUGACGACUGCAACCGCUUGGCUGCUGAACAUUACCUGUAUCAGCGCAACCAGCCGGUCAAUUACUUUGUGCUCAUCCUGCAGGGCAGGGUGGAAGUUGAGAUUGGGAAGGAAGGACUGAAAUUUGAAAACGGCGCCUUCACUUAUUACGGUGUGUCCGCACUUACCGCUCCUUCGUCAGUCCACCAGUCCCCAGUGUCCACUUUACGGAUGAAUCGUCGCGAACAACAGGUUGACGGCACAGACCCCACCAAUUAUUCGGCAUAUUGCCCUGACUACACCGUUCGGGCCCUCACCGACCUGCAGUUCAUCAAGGUCACCCGUUUGCAGUAUCUCAAUGCCCUCAUGGCCUCGAGGAUACAGAACUCGCCCCAAUCCCCCGAGGCUGUCGAUCUGAAAAUCAUCCCUAGCAGCCAGACCAAGCUCCUGAAUGACAAAAAUGCGGCAACAGGGAAAUGCCGAAGCAAGUUCAAUCUUCAGGAAGAGACCAGCCAGAGCACGGGGGUUUGACUUCAAAACACGUGUGGCGUUUAAGAGCUGCAGGCGGGGUGAGCCCAAGAGGGGCACCUCACCCCCGCCCCACCCCUGCCUCCCUUAAAACCUUCAGCACUUCUCCUGGCUUCAGACGGACUUCUUGUUGGGCACCUGCGUUUCCAAAAGACGGUAAUGAGCCCGGCCUUCUCGUGGGAGGAAGAGACAGGCCUGGCUGGACCCAACACCAGCAGCUUCCGGCGCCCCGGCUGGGCUACUAACACACAAGACAUUUGUAAGCAGUGCUUGACCGUGGAGGGUUGGUAGGACCUGGGCCAAGAUGUGUCGGUGGCAGAGAGCAGCGGCCAGCAAAAUACAGACAGACGCUUUUGAUAUUUGUGGUGCCAACAGGGAGGCGGCUGCCAGGCCCUUCCUGGCUCAUUGCCUUCUCCGUGUCACCCGGCCUCUCUUUCUCUCUCUCUCUCUCUCUGCUUCCACUUCCUCGCCGUGCUAAUCUCUCAACCUUCUUGAAAAGCACUUGCCAGACUCGGCCAGAUUUUGCGUCAGCGGCCUCAAAGGUUCACGGGUGCCGCUCGUCCUUGCCUCGCUUGGUCUACAGGCCCUGAUCUCGGCUCUGGGACCGAGCCCGCGGGCCUGCCAUCUUGCCACGGGUUCUGGGUCCUCGCGGAUCUGGGGUCGCAAGCCAUGACUCUCGUGAGUCCCCAAGCUCACCCGAGUGCCUGUACAGGCCCAACGAUGCUCCCGCCCCACCCAGUCCUUCCUCCCUGCCCAAACAGUGCCAAAGAUCAGCUCUGGGGACCCUGCGUCUCUCUCUCUCUCUCUUCUGCCUCCUGGCAUCAGCUGCCCUGGACCAGACGGGACUUCCGCCAAGGGACUCUUGCCGUAAGAGGAGGGGCAGAUGGUUACUUACCCUCCCCCCCCACCGCAAACCUGCUCUCCCUUCCAUGGCGGCCGGCCUAGAAAAGUCGAAUGUCAGGACUGAGUCCUCCCCGCUUUCUCUGGGGCUGCCCUCUUUUUUUUUUUUUGCCUUCGUGGGAAGGACGCCCGUUUCCCUGGAUUAUCUUCGGUCUUGGAUUUCUACUUCUCUCACUGGCAAUCCUACGUUUCCCUUGGGCGAGAGAAACUUUCCACUCCAGCUUUGGCAGAGAGACCUUCCCUCCCCGUCCUCCUGCCCUCUCGUUGCUCUACACAGUGUUUCCCCUCUGGGACACCCACCCACCGGGUCCCUAAAUCUUAUUUUUUAAAGUCUAUAAUAAAGAAUCCGAGGGAUUCCGGGAGAAGAGAAGCCCCGUCCCUUUCUCUCCUUC